UACCUGCUUCCCCUGGGGGGAGGGGGGGAUGAAAAGGUCCUUUGAGCGCCUCCGAUGCUGAGGUCUCCUGCUCUGCUAGGUGCUGGCCAUUCCCCCUGGCCUGGGGCCCUCGCCAGGAGCUUCCCCUCUGAGGUGGUGGCAAGACACACAACUCACACACAGAGAAUCCAUCACUCUCUCUCGAAUCUCUUCACUCCAGGGCAUAAUCGCUCUUUCAGAAAAUUCCAUUGUCAGAGCCCCAGCAGCACAGAGGGUCUGUGUCUCGGCUUUCCUGACCCCCAUGUCAGUCCCGGCCCCGCCCGGUGGCCCUCGGAGGACAACUUCAGGAUGCGUGUGAAGCCCCAGGGCCUGGUGGUGACCUCCAGUGCCGUGUGCAGCUCACCCGACUACCUCCGGGAGCCCAAGUACUACCCCGGCGGCUCCCCCAGCCCCCGGCCCCUGCUCCCUGCUCGGUCCCCUGCCUGCCCGCCCAACAAGGCCUUCUCCCGAACCUUCCCCGAGGAUCCCCAUCCACCGCCCCGAGGGGACCCCGGUCCUCGGCGCCCACCGCUCCUCUCCAAGGGGGACGACCUGCUGCCCCCCCGCCCCCCGGUGCCCCCCCGGCCUUUCCCUCACGCCCGCUGCCCUGUGCCCGGCGGGGGGGGCUCCAAGCGCCGCUGGGGCAACGGGCGGGUGAACCUGCACCCAGUGGUGCAGCUUAUCGACAUCAUGAAGGACCUGACGCGACUGUCCCAGGACCUGCAGCACAGCGGGGUCCACCUGGACUGCGGGGGCCUGCGGCUGAGCCGGCCCCCAGCUCCUCCCCCCGGGGAUCUUCAAUAUAGUUUCUUCUCCUCACCCAGCCUGGCCAACAGCAUCCGAAGUCCCGAGGAGCGGAAUACCCCCCAUGGCAAGGCCGAGAGACCCGGGCGAGCCCUCUAUGAGGCAGAGCCCGAGCAGAGGGGGAGCCCCGAGCCGGGCCAGGGAACGAGCCCCGGAGCCGCUACCGGCCUCCCCCAGGAACCCGAGCCUGACGCUCCCGACUACUCUGAGCUGGCCGACGCCGACAUCCUCAGCGAGCUGGCCUCCCUCGCCUGCCCCGAGGCUCAGCUCCUCGAGGCCCAGGCCCUGGAGCCGCCGUCCCCCGAACCCGAGCCCCAGCUCCUGGACCAGCAGCCCCGCUUCCUGGAUCCCCAGGUGCUGGAGCCGCUCGGGGAAACGCUGGAGCUGCCGCCGCUCCAGCCACUGGCCGACCCACUGGGCUUGCCGGGCCUGGCCCUCCAGGCCCUGGAGACGUUGCCAGAUGCCCUCGAGACCCAGCUGCUGGACCCCCAGAGCCUCGACCCCCUGCCUAAGCUGCUCGAGGCCCCCAGCCACCACCUAGAGUCACAGCCGCCCAUGGCCAGCUGUCCGCUGCCCGAGCCCCUGCGGCUGGACCUGUGCCCUCCCCGAGGGCCGCUGGGGACCGAGGGCCACCCCAAGUACGCCCUGCGGCGGACUGAUAAGCCAAAGAUUUUGUGCCGCCGCCGCAAGGCGGGCCGGGGCAGGAAGGCGGAUGCCUGCCCUGAAGGGCGCCUGCUGCCCCUGCCCAUGCCUGUGGGCCUGGCGGCUGCCUUGGCAGAACCCGUGCCACCCCCACCAGACGUUGUCCCAGUCCCUACCCCAGAGCCGGACACUGGGGCCCCUCGACCCCUCGUGCCCACCCGAAAGGGCAAGUGCCGGGGCGUUCGGCGGAUGGUGGUGAAGAUGGCCAAGAUCCCCGUGUCUCUGGGGCGCCGGAACAAGACCACGUACAAAGUGUCCUCCCUGAGUAGCAGCCUGAACGUGGAGGGCAAGGAGCUGGGGGUCCGGGUGUCGGCCGAGCCCACCCCUCUCCUGAAGAUGAAGAACAACGGGCGCAACGUGGUGGUGGUGUUCCCGCCCGGCGAGAUGCCCAUCAUUCUGAAGCGCAAGAGGGGCCGUCCCCCUAAGAACCUGCUGCUGGGCCCCGGGAAGCCCAAGGAGCCCACCCCCGAGGUGAAGAAGCGGCGGCGGCGGAAGCAGAAGCUGGCCUCCCCGCAGCCCUCCUACGCGGCCGACGCCAACGACAGCAAGGCCGACUACUCGGACGUGCUGGCCAAGCUGGCCUUCUUGAACCGCCAGAGCCAGUGUGCGGGCCGCUGCUCCCCACCCCGCUGCUGGACCCCCAGCGAGCCCGAGUCCGUGCACCAGGCUCCCGACACCCAGAGCAUCUCCCACUUCUUACACCGUGUCCAGGGCUUCCGCCGGCGGGGCGGGAAGGCGGGGGGCUUUGGCGGGCGGGGUGGCGGCCACGCCGCCAAGGCUGCCCGCUGCUCCUUCAGCGAUUUCUUCGAGGGCAUUGGGAAGAAAAAGAAGGUGGUGGCAGCCCCGGGGGUAGGGGGCAUGGGCCAUCCCGAGCUGGGUCACCCCCGCAAGAGGGGCCGGGUAGAAGUGGAUGCGGGAGGGAAGCCCAAGAGGAAAAGGCGAGCGCGGAAGAACGGGACGCUGUUCCCAGAACAGACCCCCGGGGGUCAGAACUUUGGGGACGGGGGCGCAGAGUGGACUGGGGAGAAGGGCAACGCCUGGGCUCCCCACCACGGACACCCCGGGAGCCAGGCUGGGCGAAACUGUAGCUACCAGGGGGCCGAGGCCCGGGCCUUUCCAUCAUCCGGCCUAGAGAGCGGUGCCUCUGGCCGGGGCGGGUACUACGGGACGGGGACGCCCUCGGCCCAGGCGGAGCUCAGCCAGGAGCGCCACAGCCUCUUCACGGGCUAUUUCCGUUCCCUGCUGGACUCGGAUGACUCCUCGGAUCUGCUGGACUUUGCCCUUUCCGCUUCUCGGCCCGAGUCACGCAAGUCAUCGGGCACCUAUACGGGGCCCCCCACCAGCACCCUGCCCGCUCAGGGCCGGGGCCUGGCCGCCUUCCCUAACCGGGGGGCCAAGGCCAACCCAGCAGUCGGUGGGGCCGGGACCGGGACAGAACCAUCCUUCCAGCCGGUCCUUCCCGCCCGCCAGGCUUUCCCUCCAGGGAGGGCGGCAGGCUACGGGGUGACCCCGGCCGCAUCGGACUGUCGGGCCACCGAGGCCUUUCCAAAGUUGGCACCGCCCUCGGCCGUGGCUCGCUCGCCCACGGCCCACCCACCAGCGGGCACCUACCCCCAGUAUAGCAGUUAUGCAGCGGGCCAGGGCGUAUUCCCGCCGGGGAAGCCCUUUUCGGGGCAAGACUGUGCCAAUAGCAAGGACUGCAGCUUUGCCUACGGCAGCGGCAGCAGCCUCCCAGCCUCACCCAGUAGCGCCCACAGUGCUGGCUAUGCCCAGCCCACAGCGGGCCCCUGCCUGCCCAUGGGCAAAGCCUCCUUCUUUAACAGCAGCGAGGCGGCUCCUUUCUCCGGCUCGGCCCCCACGCCACUCCGCUGCGACAGCCGCGCCAGCACCGUCUCGCCCGGGGGGUACAUGGUGCCCAAGAGCACCGCCGCCCCCGCCGCCCCCUCCUUCCAGCCCUCCCCCGAGAAUUGUCGGCAGUUCGCGGGGGCAUCUCAGUGGCCUUUCCGGCAGGGCUACGGAGGCCUGGAUUGGACCUCGGAGGCCUUCAGCCAGCUCUACAACCCCGGCUUCGACUGCCACAUCAACGAGCCCAACGUGAUCCUGGACAUCUCCAACUACACCCCGCAGAAGGCCAAGCAGCAGACGGCCGUGUCCGAGACCUUCUCUGAGUCGUCCUCCGACAGCACCCAGUUCAACCAGCCUACGGGCGGCUACCGGCGGGCCAACAGCGAGGCCUCCUCCAGCGAAGGCCAGUCCAGCCUGUCGAGCCUGGAGAAGCUGAUGAUGGACUGGAACGAGGCGUCGUCCGCCCCCGGCUACAACUGGAACCAGACUGUCCUUUUCCAGAGCAGCUCCAAGCCCGGCCGGGGCCGGCGGAAGAAGGUGGACUUGUUCGAGGCCUCCCACUUGGGUUUCUCCUCUUCCUCGUCCUCGUCCCCAGCCACGGCCUCCUCUGCCUAUCCCUCCAAGCGCAGCACGGGACCCAGGCAGCCCCGGGGGGCCCGGGGGGGUGGGGCCUGCUCGGGGAAGAAGGAGCGGGGGGGCGGGGCCAAGGCCAAGUUCAUCCCCAAGCCGCAGCCGGUCAACCCCCUGUUCCAGGACAGCCCCGACCUGGGCUUGGACUACUAUAGCGGGGACAGUAGCAUGUCGCCUCUGCCCUCGCAGUCGCGGGCCUUCGGGGUGGGGGAGAGGGAUCAGUGUGACUACAUUGGGCCCUACUCGAUGAAUCCGUCCACACCUUCGGACGGCACCUUCGGGCAGGGGUUCCAUUGCGACUCGCCCAGCCUGGGCCCUCCCCCGGACUUGGACAGCAAACAUUUCCCCGGCCUCGCCCACCCCCUGGGCACGCCGGGCCCACAGACAGUGUUUGAUUCGGGCCUCCAGAAGGCCUAUUCCCCCAACUGCUCGCCAACACUGGCCUUCAAAGAGGACCUGCGGCCGGCCAAGCUGCCAGCCUGCGAGCCACUUAAACAUGGCCUUCAGGGCACCGGCCUUGGCCAUGCCCCCCACCUGAGCUGCCGGGACCUGCCCCUUGGCCAGACCCACUACGACUCGCCCAGCUGCAAAGGUGCCAGCUAUUGGUACCCGCCGGGCUCCGCGGCCCGCAGCCCACCCUACGAGGGCAAGGCCGGGUCGGGGCUGCUGGCUGACUUCCUGGGCAGGACGGAGGCCUCGUGCCUCAAUGCCCCGCACCUCACCAGCCCCCCAGCCACGCCCAAAGGGGACAAGGAGCCCCUGGAGAUGGUGCGGCCACCCGGUCCCCCCCGAGGGGGCUAUGGCUGCCCGCUCCUAAGUGACUUGACCCUGUCACCUGUGCCGAGGGACUCCAUGCUGCAGUUGCAGGACACAUACAGGUACCCCGGCUUUGUGCCGCAGGGCCACCCGGGCCUGGGGGGUGCCCCGAAGAGCGGCUUCCUGGGGCCUAUGGGGGAGCCCCACCCUGAGGACACUUUCACCGUCACCUCCCUGUAGUGCCAACUGAAGUGCCAACUGGACAAUGAGGUUUUCUAACAGGCUUUCAGAAACCAACGCCAAGAUCCCUCCCAUCGUCCCCAACCUCCCGCAGGAGCAACUCACCCCCUCUGCCUCCUCUCCCAGCCGCCCCCCCCAGCCCUAGAACCCCAAAGCACCCCUCCUUCUUUUCCAUCGCCUACCCUGAACCCUGGGAACCCCUUCUUCCCCCCCACAUCCCCCUCCACGCAGAAGCGGAAGGUGAGCUCUUUCUGCACAAAACCAGCAAUUGUAAAUACUUUUUAAAAAUGUACAAAACAAAACAGAACACAGUUUUAGACAAAAAAAAGACAAAAAAAAAAGAGCGAGCGAGAGAUUGCGAGAGCGAGCGAGCGAGAGAUUGCGAGCGAGAGAGGCCGAGCAGCGGCCAAGCAGCUCCUCCAGUAUGCACUGAGAAAUUUAUUUACAGGUCGUUAGAGAGAAAGGAACAAUACCCUAUUUAUUGUAUAUACUGUUUUAUUAUAAAUUGUGGAUUGCUUAUUGCACCCUGUACAUCUGCUGUGGUUCCGUGGUGUGCAAAUACGCAUGGUGGGGGGUGGGGGGACGGUUCUCUAGGGACAGCUUUUCUUUCUGGUUUUUUCACUCCUUUUGGGUUGUUUUUCUUUUUCUGUUGUUGUUGUUGUUUUCUGUUGGCAGGACACACCCAAAGAUCCAAAUUUGUAUUAAAAAAAAUUAAAUGGAAAAAGCAAAAAAAAAAAAAAA